AUGGCAGAGGUAGCAGGAUUUAGUUAUAAACGAUACGAGAAGUCUUUAGGACUACUUACUACUCGCUUUGUGACAUUGUUACAAAAGGCAAAAGAUGGUGUUUUGGAUUUAAGAUCCGCUACCGAAAUAUUAGCUGUUCGGCAAAAAAGAAGAAUCUAUGAUAUCACUAAUGUUUUGGAGGGUAUUGGGCUAAUAGAGAAACGAAGUCAAAAUAGCAUUCAGUGGAAAGGUGCUUGCCAUGAUGGAAAUUCAAAUGAAAUUGGAGCAAAGGUUAAUUCCUUAAGGAAACAAAUAAGUUCUCUUGAAGAUCAAGAACAAAUAUUAGAUCAGCACAUGCACUUUAUAGAGCAAAGUAUCAAAAACAUACUGGAUGAUUCGGACAACCAGAGUUUACACUAUGUCACAGAAGCUGACAUAAGGAAGUGUUAUGAUGGAGAAAAAGAUCAAAAUAUACUUGUAUGUGAGUGUCCCCUUGGCACUGAAUUCUCCUGCAGCCAUAAUCCAUAUGAGGAAAAAGGCAGCAUACUGCACUUAAAAUCACAUGAAUCUGUAGGAGUUAUAUUAUUAUGUGAUUUAAAUAAAGAACAGAAAAUGGAUCUAGACGACACCGAUGAGGAAGUGGAGAGUUACACGGAGUUAGGAUUUAGUAAUACUUCAUCCAAUGCAAAUUACCUUCUAAGAUUGAGUCCACCCAUCACAAAAUAUGACUUCACAUUCUCCCUGAGCGGGUCGGAGGGACUGUGCGAUCUGUUCGAUAUCCCUUGCUAA